GUGCUAUCUUGUCUCCACAUAGAUGGAAGCCCAGCAUCCUCCUCUAUGGCUGCACAGAGCAAUCAGUCAACAAAUUGCUGCCAUUCUGCUACAGAAAUAAAGAGCACGACCUACAAUCUCUGUGCAGGUGUGCCUGCUCCAUGUGCUCAGCUGUGACCAAUGCAGCAAGAGGGCCUGAUACAAGUGGGAGCAAUCACCACUAUGGUCAUUUUUGAUCGUUUCCUCAGUCCUGGCACAGCUGCACUGAAUAAAUAAAUCCUAUACAGAUCAGUAUAGUGAAAUAUGAAAGUCUGCUGGGAAGUGUGCAGCUUUUCCCCUUCUAUGAGGAGACAGCAUCAGAUGUAGAAGGUGCUUUGUGGGAAGCAGAGCCGCGGCUCCCUUAGCAGUGCUGAAAUCCCAGUCAGACUUCAGCCUACCACUGCGCCGUGGAGUGCACCAUGUUGAGACCCCUCUCCCUGAGGCAGGAGUACGUGCAGCAAGAUGGCGGCCAGUCUCGAUCAAGGCCUCGGCCAGAAGGCAGCGUGUCCAUGCUGGCCUAGCAGACGCAACAAGCUAGCCCAGCUGCAGCGGAACUGCUGUCUGCCUUGAGAUGGAGGAAGCAGCGUGUGAUAAAUUGACGUCUUUGUGCCAUACACCAAAGGAUUCUGGGACAGCAGCUCCACAGAGGACUAGUUCAGGAAAACAGCCAAUGAGCGCAACUCUAAGGGAACGAUUAAAGAAAACAAGACGUUCAUUUAAUGCUAAUUUUACAGUGGCAAAGCGGCUCAAGGUAGAUACUGAAGAAAAAGACUGUGCAGAUGUUGACAGUGGGUGUCUGCCAAAGAUAGGCAUGGAUUGUUCCACAUUACAAGAUGGUUCUGAAUGCCCAGAAAGAAACUGCACUGUAAAUACUUAUUUCAAAAGUCCGUUACAGGAAAACAAUCUCUGCGAAUCAGCAGAGAACGUGGUAAGGGUUGAUGUUAGUCAGCAGCAGUCCCUAGAAGAAAAAGUAAGGCUGAUGAAACAAGUGAAAGAUAAGGAAGAGCUACUUCGAAGGCUCAAACUGGUCAAGAUGUACCGAUCUAAGAACAACCUGUCUGAACUGCAGGCUUUGAUAGUAAAAUGGAGAAGCAGUACCCAGCUGAUGCUGUAUGAGCUGCAGUCUGCCUUUUCUGCAGAUGGCAAGAAAGUGAGUCUCAGUCAGCUGAUAGAUACUUUUGGAUUGGAAGACCACUUACUGCACUACAGCAGAACAGAAGAAGAUUUUGUGGACACGUAACCU